AUGGACCAAGUUUAUGAAAUCCCCGAGGAGACAAACGUGGAUCCGACUUCGUCUCUGGAGGAAGAUGUCAUCCGCGGGUCCAACCCCCGGUUUACCUUUCCAUUUGGGAUCCUCUUCUCCACCUUUUUGUAUUGUGGGGAAGCUGCAUCUGCUUUGUAUAUGGUUAGAAUAUAUCGAAAGAAUAGUGAAACCUAUUGGAUGGCGUACACAUUUUCCUUCUUUAUGUUUUCAUCCAUUAUGGUCCAGUUGACCCUCAUUUUUGUCCACCGAGAUCUGGCCAAAGACAAGCCACUAUCAUUGUUUAUGCAUCUAAUCCUCUUGGGACCUGUUAUCAGAUGUUUGGAGGCCAUGAUUAAGUACCUCACACUAUGGAAGAAAGAGGGGCAGGAGGAGCCCUAUGUCAGCCUCACCCGAAAGAAGAUGCUAAUAAAUGGCGAGGAGGUGCUGAUAGAAUGGGAGGUAGGCCACUCCAUCCGGACCCUGGCCAUGCACCGCAAUGCCUACAAACGUAUGUCACAGAUCCAAGCCUUCCUGGGCUCCGUGCCUCAGCUGACCUAUCAGCUCUAUGUGACCCUGAUCUCUGCAGAGGUCCCCUUGGGGAGAGUUGUGCUAAUGGUCUUUUCCCUGAUAUCAGUUACUUAUGGGGCUACCCUCUGCAAUAUGUUGGCCAUCCAGAUCAAGUAUGAUGAAUACAAGAUUCGCCUUGGGCCACUAGAAGUCCUGUGCAUCACCAUCUGGCGGACGUUGGAGAUCACUUCCCGCCUCAUGAUUCUGGUGCUCUUCUCCGCCACCUUGAAACUGAAGGCUGUGCCCUUCUUAUUGCUCAACUUUAUCAUCAUCUUCUUUGAGCCUUGGGUUAAGUUCUGGAGGAGUGGUGCCCAGAUGCCUAAUAACAUUGAAAAAAACUUCAGCCGGGUUGGCACCAUGGUGGUAUUGAUUUCUAUUACUGUUCUCUAUGCUGGCAUCAACUUCUCUUGUUGGUCAGCCUUGCAGUUGAAGUUGGCAGACAGGGACCUUGUUGACAAAGGUCAGAACUGGGGACACAUGGGCCUGCACUAUAGUGUGAGGCUGGUUGAGAAUGUGAUCAUGGUCUUGGUUUUUAAGUUCCUUGGAGUGAAAGUAUUGCUGAAUUACUGUCAUUCCUUGAUUGCUGUGCAGCUCAUUAUUGCUUAUCUGAUUUCCAUCGGCUUCAUGCUCCUUUUCUUCCAGUACUUGCAUCCAUUGCGCUCACUCUUCACCCACAAUGUAGUGGAUUACCUCCAAUGUGUCUGCUGCCACCAGCGCCCCCAAGGCAGGGCUGAAAAUGCCCCGCCACCCUCUGAAACCGAGUCAAGGCAAAGCAUUCUCUGA